GGCCGGUGGAGGUGAUGGCGUCAUUCAGUGUCUCGGUGUAAUUGCUCCGGUGGAGGUGAUGGCGUCAUUCUGUGCCCUGGUGUAGCCUCCCCGUGUUUGGAAGUAGGAGAGAGGAGGAUCUUAGGCCGAGGCGACGUGGCUCUCGCAGCCGGGAUUGAGCAGCGCCAAGUCGGACUACUCAGCCGGGCAACAUGGAGGCUGUGGCGGAGGAGCUGCGGGCCGGCUCCCAGAUUCCGGUCACCAUCGAUCAGAUCAUUAACGACACGCUGGUUGUGACUCUUAGCUACCGGGACAGAAGCUACACGGGAAUAUUACUCGAUUGCAACAAAAAGACUGGCUUGUUUUGUCUUCAAGAUAUCACAUCCAAGCAAGACGACUCGCCUCUUCAAAGGUCCAACAGUGAUGUCUUAACCGAGGACCCUUGUUGGAAGCCAUCUAGUCAACCAGAGCAGCAACCAAGGGAUGAAAAUACUUUACCAGAGAGAGAGCCUGGUUCAGGUCCUGAAACUGCCCCAACCCAAGUCCCUGCCCCUAGUCCAGUCCCCACAGGCCAGUUUCCUUAUCCCCCUUAUUUUGAAGGAGCCCCAUUUCCCCAGCCCUUAUGGGUACGGCACAGCUAUGGCCAGUGGGUCCCUCAGCCCCCACCACGUUUAAUUAAGCGAAAGAAGAGGCGGAGCCGUGAGACAGGCAGGAUGACCAUCAGCACCAUCAGACUCCGCCCUCGACAGGUGCUGUGCGAAAAGUGCAAGAACACAUUGAACAGCGAUGAGGACAGUCGAGAUGGACAGUCAUCCAAAACGGUCAAGAAAGAAGAUGCUGACAUUAUGAAAGACCCCAAAAAACGUGAUGAAACUACAAACUAUGAGAAUAAAAGGUGUAGGAAGGACAAAAGGGAGGAGGAAAAGUUUCCUUCUGAGAUAGUUCCUCAUAGUCCAGUUAUCAAGAUUUCAUAUAGCACGCCUCAGGGUACAGGUGAAGUUAUGAAAAUCCCCUCCAGGGUGCAUGGUUCAGUCAAACCUUUUUGCCCCAAACAAUUGAUACAGAAUGGGCUGGGCACUCAUGACCAGAGCCCCGAGCGGCUCGAAAGGUCAGGAGCCAGCGCAGCUUCAACUGUUCCGAAAAUCAAAUUGACGAGACCUCUGCCAUCUGAACGGGAAGUUACGUCCCCAAAGAUUCGACUGAGACCGAGGGCGGCUGAAGACGACAGUCUUUCGGUUUACGAGGCAGAGCUAGUGGGUGGGGAGCACAGGCGAAGUUCCAGAGUUCAGGGUCCCGCUUUGGGACAUUCGGAAGACUCUGCAGAGAAGAGCUCAUUGGAACUGUCGUCAGGGAGUUCAGGGGAAGGUGAGGAGCUGGAGAGGCAUGGAGACCUUACCCUUCUAAUAAAUUUCCGGAAGAGGAAAGCUGACUCCUCCAGCUUGUCAGUCUGUAGCAGUGAUAGCUUAGAUGAGUCAAAGUCCUUUAGUUCUGAUGGAACAUCUCCAGAGCUGUGCGACUUUGCUCCUGGAGAAGACAUUGCUGUCUCAUCUUCAUCUAGAGAUGAGAAUAAGACAGUUCCUCCGCUGACAGUGCGACUUCACACUCGUAGUAUGACCAAAUGCGUAACUGAGGAAGGACACGCGGUUGCCGUGGGUGAUGUGGUGUGGGGUAAGAUCCACGGCUUCCCGUGGUGGCCUGCUCGCAUCCUCAGCAUCAGUAGUAGUCGGAGGGAGGCAGGCAGCGAACCCAAGUCCUCAUGGCCUGAAGCCAAGGUGUCCUGGUUUGGCUCCCCUACCACCUCCCAACUCUCGGUCUCCAAACUCUCCCCAUUUCGUGAAUUUUUUCGCUCCCGAUUUAACCGCAAGAAGAAAGGGAUGUAUCGCAGGGCUAUUGUUGAAGCAGCGAAGGCCGUGGGUCAUAUGACUCCAGAAAUCACUUCUCUCAUUUCUCACGGUGAAACGUAAGGAGUUCAAGCUGGACAGCCAGUCGUCGUAACACUCAGUUCCUGUGGCGCCACACCUUGGGAAAGGUGGAGUUCCUGCUGUUGUCACGGAAACACUAUGAUUGAAGUUUGCAACAUGGAGGAAAAUGUCCACUCAGGUGAACGUGUGUCCAGGUUUGGGAGCAAUGCCUGCACUUGGCAUCUCAAGGACUAUUUGGAAACGAUUCCUUUUUAAAAAAAAAAAAAAAAUGAAAAUUUACAUUAUUGCAAUAGAAUGAAUAGUGACACUACAGAUCAGAAUGUAUUUAUUCCAUACAACACUUUAGUCAACCUUUUAGGACUACAUACUGCUGCUGUUUUCCCUUGGAUUUGAAUGACUGUUCACCUCCAGCACCAAUGAGUCAGUUGAAUUGAGUUAUCCAUGUGUCAUCCUUUUAAAAGACACAACUGUAUGUCCACAAAUGACUAAUUGUCUUAUUGUAUGGUUGUCACUCUUCCCAUUAGAAAAAUGAAAUGUGAACGAUUGUUUUACUGAUACUAUGCUGUGGGUCUUACCAUAUGCAGUAUUGUUUUACUCAAUUGCAGUCUUCUUAGCCAUGUAUUCCUCCUUUACAUGCAAAAUAGGAGCUUGUCACCCUCAGAUUUUGUCCAGAUGUUGUAGUAAUUGUUUUUUUUUAGUUUGCUUGGUAAGAUAUCGUCAAUAUCCAAUUCUGCUCACUUUAAUUAUUUAAUGACUCAGAAAGAGAAAGCACUUUAUCUUUGCCUUGGUGGCCUGCUGUAGACCAAUAUUAUUAUUAUUUUUUGUGGCAACACUAACUGGACAGUCACCAUAUUGGUAGACAACAGCAUUGCAUGGAGUACAACUGAACACCGGAACCUUUUUUGGGGUGAUUGCCUAUAAUGUGUUAAUGCAGUAAUUGAGACUGUCUUGUCUUUCACAAAGUACCACUGGACAAAUCAACCAAGUGUUAAUGAUAUCCUAUGCAUCACAUCUUUAUUAAAGCUUUAAACGAACCAUUGAAAGAACACUGUGAACUCAACACUGGUGUAUUCUGAAGGGGGGGGGGGGUGUAGUGCUCCAGAUCUGCCACUCAACAAAGUCCCAAGCAAGUGUAUUAUGGCAAGGGAAGCAGAAGGUGUGAUUGAAAUCUUACUGUAUACUGUACAGCCCUUGGUGGGCCUCGGUGCAUCAGUUUCUGUGUAUUGCAUUUUUUCUUUUUGUUUGUUCCCCUCAAUUUUUUUUUUCUCUCUCCCAGUGCAAAGACGAUACUGGGGUUACUCAGUUGUCUUCUCCUCCUCUGUCAUUUGAUGAGGACUUUGCGGACGUCGUGAAAUUGCUUUUAAGCGACGUGGCAGCUCAUUGUGGCUUGCCUCGGUCAAUUUAGUGGGCUGUUUUUUAUUUACUGUAUAUAAAAUAAAAUAUACAAGCAAUACUCA